AUUUGUCGCCGUCGCGGCGCGUCCCAAACUCCAAACACGCCGCAAAGCGAAGAAGCGAUCGCACGUUCGCACGCAGACGCAGCCGCGGCGGAUCAAUGGCGAUGCUGACGGCCAAGCUCACCUCCCCCCCCGCCGCCACCACCUGGCUCCCCGGCGGCGGCCGCCGAUCCGCGCCGCCCCGCCGUGCUACGGUGAUCCGCGCCGCCGCCGUCUCCUACGCCGACGAGCUCGUCUCCACCGCGAAAUCUGUUGCUUCCCCAGGGCGUGGUAUCCUGGCAAUUGAUGAGUCGAAUGCCACAUGCGGAAAGAGAUUAGCAUCCAUUGGUUUGGACAACACAGAAGUUAACCGCCAGGCUUACAGGCAGCUUUUACUGACCACUGCUGGUCUUGGUGAAUAUAUUUCUGGUGCUAUCCUUUUUGAGGAAACUCUUUAUCAGUCAACCACUGAUGGUAAGAAGUUUGUUGACUGCUUGAAGGAUCAGAAUAUCAUGCCCGGUAUCAAGGUCGACAAGGGCUUGGUUCCAUUGCCUGGGUCCAACAAUGAAUCUUGGUGCCAAGGCCUAGAUGGUUUGGCUUCAAGGUGUGCUGAGUACUACAAGCAGGGGGCACGCUUCGCUAAGUGGCGGACUGUUGUUAGCAUCCCUUGUGGUCCCUCAGCAUUAGCAGUCAAGGAAGCGGCAUGGGGACUUGCUCGAUAUGCUGCCAUUGCUCAGGACAAUGGCUUAGUGCCAAUUGUUGAGCCAGAGAUCCUUCUUGAUGGUGACCAUGCGAUCGAGAGAACUCUUGAAGUGGCAGAGAAAGUGUGGUCUGAGGUAUUCUUCUACCUGGCCCAAAACAAUGUUCUUUUUGAGGGUAUCCUGCUGAAACCCAGCAUGGUGACCCCUGGAGCUGAACACAAGCAGAAGGCCACUCCAGAAGCCAUUGCGAAGCACACCCUUACAAUGCUGAGGAGGAGAGUGCCGCCUGCUGUCCCUGGAAUCAUGUUCCUUUCUGGUGGGCAAUCUGAGGUGGAGGCAACCCUGAACCUGAACGCGAUGAACCAAGAACCAAACCCAUGGCAUGUGUCCUUCUCAUACGCCCGGGCUCUCCAGAACUCGGUGCUGAAGACAUGGCAGGGGCGCCCCGAGAACGUGGAGGCAGCGCAGAAGGCACUGCUGGUCCGUGCCAAGGCGAACUCGCUGGCUCAGCUCGGUCGCUACACCGGCGAGGGCGAGAGCGAUGAGGCCAAGAAGGGAAUGUUCCAGAAGGGCUACACUUACUGAUGCGGCAGAAGAGACUUCCGUGAUAUACAACAUGCCAUUUCGUGUCACUGUUUUUUGAACACCGGAGUGAAUAAUCACCAGAGUAUGUUUGGUGCCACCGAUUGUUGUUAGCUUCGUUAGCACGGGAGAAACCUUAGAGAGCUGUAUCUGACUCUGAAACACACUAUUUUGAUAGCACGCUUUUACUGUAAGCAUAUGCCUUUCGGCCAUGAGACUGUGAGAGAGAUGUUUCAUUUGUGUUGGGGUAAA